AUGCGCGCUACGACAUGCCUAGCAACAUCGGUUUUGGCUCUGGCUAAAUUCUGUUCAGGGUCCCAUUUAGAUGCUCUAGAGAGUAAAUUAGGUGUCGAAGUUUAUGAUAUACCCAACCUCGAUCUCUCGAAAAGUAAGAACAAUGAAGUCCAGCUUUUGGGGAACUUCAAGGAUAUCAACAUCUUAAAAUACUCGGGGCAAAAAAACUUUACCGGUGAGGUCAGCGGUAAUCCCGAAAAUGCAUUGAUCUACUACUCCAAUGAGACUUUCCUCGAGAUAUAUUCUUCUUCCGACUCAAGCGAAGUGUUUUCCGUCGAUCACAUUGUACCUUUCAAAGACGAUGCGUUCAUAUUGAGUGGGGCAGGUUCGAUUUCAGGACAUCAAUUAAGUCGCCAACUUUUAUUCAACCUCUCAAGUCUGGAGUUCAGAGAGAUUUUUGGCCAGGACCUUGCACAGGUGAACACCAUAACAGCCAAUGGUGACAAAGUUUUCUUUGGUGGAUCUUUUGAGUACGAGAUGUCCAAUCAAACCAUUCACAGUCUCCUGGUUUGGGAUUCUAUUAAGGAUGGUGUAGAGGUUUUACCAUUUGGGGGAUUUGGCAAAAACUCUACAGUGAACUCCAUUUUGAACUUGGACAAUUCAAACAUUCUUUUCGCUGGGAACUUUUCCGCAGUUGACAAUACCCAACAGCUCAAUAACAUCAACGUUUCUAAUACCUCCAACACGUCUGUCCCAGAACUUGGACACCAGAUUUCUCUCCAAAGUGCAGCCUGGGUUUCAGACGGUACUUUAGAUAAGAGCGCAAUCAAAUGUCCAUCAACAGAAAGCACUGGAUGGCUUAAAACGGGGAGCACCCAGGGUCAGUUCGAGCUCUACAUGCCGGAGGAGACAAGGCCGUCGAAGCUAAGGGUCUUCAAUGCUAGAGAUUCUGAUGAGCAGGUUUCAUUAUUUCGCAUUGUAACAACACCUUCUAACGGUAUCAUGAAUCUCACAUACCUUGACCCUACUACGGGCGAAUUAGCAAGCUGUGAUGCCUGGUGUCCUUUACUUUCGAGCCAAAAUCUGACUGACAUUAGCUCCAAGUCUUACCCUGGUGAUCAAGUUCAGUACUUUGAAAAUCGAACUACAUUACAAUGGUCCGAAUCGUUUCAAGAUUUCGCAUUCGUUAACAACGUACCAGUCUCAGACUUGACAUUUAUUGCUUUGGACUCAUAUGGAUCAAGUGUAGGUCUAGCCGGAAUAGAGCUUUACGAAAGUGCAUAUUCCGUUUAUGCCAAUAAUACUCUUAACGCGCCAAACUGCGCCCAAGGUUCAGCAACAUCAAACGCAUUGUUGUCGAAUUCGUCUGCAUGGGAUUCAGGUUCAUCCGAAGGCAACUAUUUGAGCACUUCCGUUCAAGAUUCCGAAACCAAUCCAUUUGUCAUCUUUUACCCCAGCAUAAUAUACCCAGGAGUUUACACCAUCGAUGUGUUGACGCCAGGCUGUCUUGAAGAUAGCUCUUGCCAAACUCGCGGCAUAAUUAACGCAACAAUUAGAGACGUUCAAAACAAUACCUUGCUCGAUUCCAUCGAGAUCUACCAAAAUAACGAUUACGAAAAGUUCGACACUCUGUAUUCUGGUUUUCUCGAUUCUGAAGUUAAGGUUACUCUGGAGUUUGAUGGAGCUAUCAACAGUGGAACUGAGGUUCCAGUUAUGGUAGCAAGUAAGAUUGUGGUGAAUAUCGAAGACUUUGAUCAAUCAGUAUUUGAGAACAAUACUUCAGGGUUUAUCAACGGUUUACUUCAUUAUAGCACAUCCAAUACGUCCUCAUUUCUCAGUGAGCUUGGAUCGUAUUCCGCCACCGAUCUUGCACAUUACUCCGUCUCCAAGCUGCCUAAGCACUCCAAUAUUUUUGCCAAUAUGUUUGAGGAUGAUUUAGUCUUGUUUACUACCGAUGGUGAGAUGGCUCGUUUGAAGCUUGCCAAUAACUUAAGCAUAGAGGAAUACACAUUUGAGACAAUCGGGAAAGACAUCAGUACAAUUAGUGAAUACUCCGGCGGCCUCAUUAUUGUCGGCACAUUCAAUGGGUCUUCCGAGCCAGCGGCUAGAGGCUUUAAUGGGACAUUUUUCAACUUAACCGAAUUCAACUCGACUGUAAGAACAUUUUCUAACUUGACUCUUGGCCAAACUGAGAUGUUGAUUUUUGACAAGAACAUAAUCCUUAAUGGCACAACGGGUGAAAAAAUUUAUGACACCUCUAAACUUACGUUAGAGGUUGCUAGCGCCGGGAGAAACCCCUAUAAUGACACAUUGUUUCAAGGCUAUGUUCUACAAAAUGACUAUACCAAUUUGAAUGGCAGCUUCUUCAUCUCGACGAACUCAGAAGAGGUAUCGCAAAACUUUUGGGCCCUUGGAGGAAAGUUGCCUUACGAUGCAGCCUUUGUUGACAACAGCACUACCGCAUAUGCAUACUACAAUCCUGACAACACUAGUAACUCUUUUGGCGUAUCAGUUAUGAAUGAUUCUGGUAGUACCGUCCAGUUGAGUGCAUGGUCAGGGAAAGUCGGGGCUAUGGCAAGCUCGAAAAAUGACUCUUUGUUAGCAAUUGGCGGAAAGGACCAGCACACCGAUUCACAGCUUCUUGUCACUAACAGUAGUUCAGGUGAGAGCCUUGCUAGCUACAAAUGGGAUUCGGAAAUAUCUUUGAAUUCGAUCAUUUUUUUUGCAAGGAACAAUUCAGUCCUAGUUGGGGGAAGCUUCAGAGUUAAUAAUACACAAUGUUCAGGUCUGUGUCUGUUUAACUACCAAGAUAAAAAGUGGUCUCCAUUCCUGAACAAUUCAAUUAGAGGAGUAAUCAACAGAAUGGAAAUUUUUAAUAACUCCAAUUUACUGAUUGCAGGAUCUUUCAGACUCAAUGAAACCGAUGGUGUAAGUUUGGCCUCAAUUUGUUUAAAGGACAGCUCAUCAGAAAUCCUUCAUGAAGGAAAUAUAACGCUAAAUGGUUUUGUCAGUAUGGAUGGAUCCUCGAAUAAUGUUGUCGCGUUUUCUGAUACAAGUUUGUUGCAACUGGAGAGUGGCAAGUGGCAGCAAAUCUCAACAAAUUUCACUGAGAAUUCGAAGUUUAAGGGACUCGACGUCUUUCCGCUUAAAGACACAACCAGAAAACAAAAAAGAGAUUCUUCCAGCAAGGUCCUGCUAAUCACCGGAAGUUUACAGCAUGCAAAGUUUGGCAGCAUAAAUGCCGCUUUUUAUGAUUCUGGUGAAUGGACUCCAUUUUUAUCGUCAAAUCAAGCAACCUCUUCCUCAGAUUUAGAGACAAGUCAUGUUUUUCUCAACAGAGACCUCAGUGACUUUCUCGAUUAUAAAGGUUACUUGCAGGGAACUUUUUCUAGUAACACAUCAAGCGGAACAAGCGGGACCCCAUCGCCUUCAGGUUCUUCGCCAUCAAAUUUGCAAAGAAAAAAAAAAAAGAUAGACCGCGGAUUCAUUGUUUUGAUAAGUUUGGCAUUGGCUCUGGGGACUCUGGCGGUUCUAGGUCUGCUUGGUGUCAUAUUUUCUUAUUUCUUUGGCGAUUCAGGUGAUGGGUACCAAUUGUCGAAACCUCGCACUGACGAGAACGAAAUGAUAGACACGGUUCCACCUGAAAAACUAAUGAGAUUUAUUUGA